GGCGAUGCUCCAGCGGUUGCCAUGGAAACUUCCAGGCCUCAGAGCCUGGAAGUAAUUUGGUGGAAGGAGACGGUGACGUCACAGCAGGAGCAAGUGCAGCGGCCACAUCUCGUCCUAGUCUGGCCACGGGGCACUGAGGGCAAUCUCUGGGCCGGCAGUGACGCGCCUCCCUGUCUGUCAGGGCCCCACCCACGACACUCCGUUGGUGGAGAUCAGCAGUCCCAGAUCCACAGAGACUGUUGGGGCCUGCGAGACCUUUAGAGGCCACGCCAAGAAAGGGGAAGCAUUAUUAUCUUAAGACCCUCCUCGGUGCAGCCUCGCACAGGACCCUGGAGCCACGAGUCAGGUGGCAAACACCGCCUUCUGCUUCUCCAGCACGCGUAAGUCCCUGGGAAUCUUCGAGCCCACUCAGAGGGAGCCACAGAAGCCCUGACUGACACUGCACAGCCCUGCAGGCAGGCACUGGGGGCAUCCGUCACUGAGCUGGACAAAGGGGGCCUGGGAGCAGCCUCUGGCCCGAGGCCUGACGCUCUCUCCUAGCCUUUAGGAAGAAAUCCCGGCAAUCUGGAUAAUUCCGUGGAUUCCCGAGGCAGCUCAGGUGUGCGCCAGCGGGCAUACUGCUGCCUCAAAGAGUUGGGGAAGAUGCUGUUUGGCGUGAAGGACAUUGCCCUGUUGGAGCAUGGGUGCAAGGCCCUGGAGGUGGACAGUCACAAGUCCCUGAUGAUCCUGGGGAUCCCCAAGGACUGCAACCACGAGGAAUUUGAAGAGAUUAUUCGGCUGCCCCUCAAACCUCUAGGCAAGUUCGAAGUGGCUGGGAAGGCCUAUCUGGAAGAAGAUAAAUCCAAGGCAGCCAUCAUUGAGCUGACAGAGGACAUCAAUUACGCCGUGGUCCCCAGGGAGAUCAAGGGCAAGGGCGGUGUGUGGAGAGUGGUCUACAUGCCCCGGAAGCAGGACAUCGAAUUCCUGACCAAGCUGAACCUCUUUCUGCAGAGCGAAGGGAGGACGGUCGAGGAUGUGGCGCGGGUCCUGAGGCAGGAACUGUGUCUCCCAGAGACAGGCCCCGGAGAGCUGCCUGCAAGGAAGUGCUGUGUGACUGGGGUGGGGGAGAAGCCGGAGGCUGGGGCCACUGUCCGGAUGGACGUGGUGCCACCUCCGGACUCCUCCGAGAAGGAGAGCAAGGCUGGAGAUGGCAAGAGGGGCAAAAGGAAGAACAAGAAAAACCGCCGGCGGCGUCGCGCCUCGGACAAGAAGCUGUGAGGUGGUGGUCGUGGCAUCGGGUGGGCGUGGGGGGUGACGAGUGGGUGUGAGUGAUGACCGUGGGAGGGUAGGUACCACCUGAGUACAUUUAAGGAGUAUGAGUGAGUGUGGGUAAUACAAGUGAGGAAUGACACUAGUGGAUGAGUAACUUUUGAGGAAGAAUGCUUAUCCUUUGGAUAGCACAGGUAACAUCUGACUAGUGUGAAAGGGGUAGAUAUCUUUGAGUUAACUAACUUGUGAGUUACAUCUGAGUGUGUGCGGUUAACGUCUGGCUGCCCUUGGCUCAUUCAUUCAUCCUACAGAUAUUUACUGUGCACCUAUUAUGUCCCAGGUACUAUUCUAGGAGCUGGGGAUACAGAAGGGAGUAAACUCAACAAAAAUCCCUGCCUUCAUGGCACUCAGAGUGGGUAAUAUUUAAAUUACUUGGAGACAUCGGAGUGAGCGUAGGUAGCAUUUGAGUAGAUGUGGGUAACGGUUGAAUGUUCACAAAAUCUGGCUGAGUGUGGAUUACUCAUUCAUUCAUGUAUCCUUCAACCAACAAAAUUUCCUGAGGACCUACAGUGUGCCAGGCACUGGGGAUACAGAAGGGGAAUAAAAUAGACCAAAACCUUGCCCAUGACUGUCAUACUACAUAUCUGAGUAGACGUGGGUAACAUCCGGGUUACUUAAAUACACAUUAGUGAGUGUGGGUAGCAUUAGGGUGUGCGGGUAGCAUCCGUGUAUAAUUGAGAGCAGUUGUGGGUAAUAUUUGAGAGUGUGUGAGUAACACCUGAUAUGUGUAUGGGUAUCAUUUGAGUGGAUGAGAGUAAUUUCUAAGUGAGGAAGGGUCUCAAAGACCCACAAACAUUUUCCGGCACCCGGGAGACCCCGCGGGUCCAGCCGCGCAGGCGCAGUCGGAGCCAGAACCUAGCAGCGCGUCUGACCGUUGCUAUGGAGAUCAAGGCUUUCUCCAGGCGCCUGCGCCCUUUGCAGAAAAUGGAGGCGGGGACAACAGGUUCCCGGAUUCCAAGGUUUUGGAGAAGAUCUCUUACUGGAGUUGAAGAAAACCCACGCAGAUCCAGGAGGAACAUGUCAGGGAGAUCCCUACUCGGGUGAAGGGCCGCCAUCCCCCUUCGGCUGUCACUUGCGGCCUGAUGCUGGGACUGCCUCUCCUGCUGGGGGGAGGCGGGCGGCACAGACCCCUCUAGCUGUGCGCCCUCCUGGAAAUCCUGUUAUUGUAAAGUCUAGAGCCGUUUUCUGUGUUUCAAAAGCAUGUACCUUGAAUGUAACUCUGGCACAAACUUGUCCGGAGUGGGAUACCCUGUUUUGCGCAUAUCAAGCAGAAAUCAUGGCUGAGAGUUGCCUGCUCUCCACCUCUGAGGAACUCGCUGAUCUGUAAUUGGCUCUUGAAAAGCUGUCGCCAUUCUCUACACGCUGAGUCUCUUACAGAAGCAGUCAGAGGUAGGAGGGACCCUUCUGCCCAGAUUGGCGCCUGGGGUGAGGGUAUGAGUCUUGCCAAGUUAAAUCCCGGAAGCUUUGGCUUGGUGGGAGGUGUGAACUCCACUCUCUAAAUAAGAGGUGGCUGGGCGCAGUGGCUCAUGCCUGUAAUCCCAGCACUUUGGGAGGCUGAGGUGGGGUCGGUGGGGUGGGGAUUACCUGAGGUCGGGAGUUUGAGGCCAGCCUGACCAACAUGGAGAAAACCCCAUCUCUACUAAAAAUACAAAAUUAGCCGGAAGUUGUUGGUGCAUGCCUGUAAUCCCAGCUACUAGGGAGGCUGAGGCAAGAGAAUCGCUUGAACCCCAGAGGUGAAGGUUGCAGUGAGCUGAGAUGGUGCCAUUGCACUCCAGCCUGGGCAACAAGAGCAAAACUGUCUCAAAAAAAAAAAAAAAAAAAAAAAAAAAAAAAAAAAAGGCGAGGCUUUUAGGCAGUGGUCCAAAAGGAGGAAAAUAAUUAAGAGGCCAUUUUCAAGAGUUACCAGUGAACGAUGUUAACAUUGAGAUGAAGAAUUUUUAAAAUUAGGUAAAAUCCAAAUACAUGUGAGUAGACAGAUAUUUACUUAAAGACACCUUACCUGUCAAAAUGCAUACUUCUGCUAGUUCAGGGAUCUGCAAAGGUUUGAACUGAAUCUUUUAAAAAAUGUAACUUAAACACACACACACUCAGCCUACCAAAUUGUAACGCCAGAGACCCCUAAUGUCUCAUUGUGAUGGAUGUCAGUCAUGUCUGUGACUUUCAGCAUUCAACUCACUCUCUCUCCUUCCUUCCUUCCUUCUCCCCUCCCCCCUCCCCCCUUCCCCGCUCCCUCCUUCCUUUCUUUUCUUUUUCUUUGAGACAGGGUCUUACUGUGUCACCCAGGCUGGAUGCAGUGGUGCAACCUUUACUUUCUGGCCUCAAAUAAUCUUCCCGCCUCAGCCUCCCUAGUAGCUGGGAUUAUAGGCAUCUGCCACCACACCCGGCUAAUUUUUGUAUUUUUCAUUAGAGAUGGCAUUUCACCAUGCUGGCCAGGCUGGUCUCAAAUUCCUGCCUCAAGUGAUUUGCCUGCCUCAGCCUCCAAAAGUGCUGGAAUUACAGGCAUAAGCCUCUGACCUGGCCUCAAUUCCCUUUCUUAUUUCUGGGAAGCCGCCCCUAUUUCACCCCCUUAUUAAAAACAAGAAAUACUAUUCCCCUACCCUGGUGGCCAGGGCGCAGGUAAGAGACACACUCUUAAGCAGGCAGAAACUCCUAUUAGAUUCUUACAUUCUCAGCAAGUGCCAAGAAACAGAAGGAAUUUUUAGAAUUCACUUGAUGGAUAUAACCUAAAACCUUGAAGGCUGGUUUUUGUUUGUUUGGUUUGAGACAGAGUCUCACUCUGUAGCCAGGUGCCAAGCUGGAGUGCAGUGGCACAGUCUUGGCUCACUGCAACCUCUGCCUCCCGGGUUCAGGGAAUUCUCCUUGCCUCAGCCUCCCGAGUAGCUGAGAUUACAGGCACGCGCCACCACACCCAGCUAUUUUUUUGUGUAUUUUUAGUAGAGACGGAGUUUCACCAUGUUGGCCAGGAUGGUCUCAAUCUCUUGACCUCGUGAUCCACCCGCCUCGGCCUCCCAAAGUGCUGGGAUUAUAGGCUUGAGCCACUGCAUCCAGCCAUAAAGGCUGGGUUUUGUCCCUUUCCCAAGCUGGCUGUCUAGCCUCAGUUCAACAUCUCUUUCUCUUGUGCAGUGGUUGGGAUAAACCUCUUCCUGCUGUCUCCAUACACCUAUGUGAACUUCUUGCAAAUCCAUGGUCAAGAAGUUUGUAGCUCUCUGUUGAUCUUUUUUAUUUUUGAAACUGAGUCUCACUCUGUUGUCCAGGCUGGAGUGCAGUGUACAAUCUCGGCUCACUGCAACCUCCACCUCCCUGGUUCAAACGAUUCUCCUGUCUCAGCCCCCUGAGUAGCUGGGAUUACAGGCAUGCACCACCACACUCAGCUAAUUUUUAUAUUUUUUGUAGAGAUGGAGUUUCACUAUGUUGACUAGGCUGGUCUUGAACUCCUGACCUCAAGUGAUCCACCCACCUCAGCCUCCCAAAGUGCUGGGAUUACAGGUGUGAGCCACCGCGCCCAGCUUCUCUGAUGAUUGUUUUAUUCCUUGUAAAUUCCCGGCCAGGGCAUACCUACUCUCAGAAUACUGUGCUACUGUGUUGGUUGUUGCAAUGCAGAGUCUGAGCUCGAAUAAAUGCUCCAAAAGCCUCCAGCGUGCUUGUUGCAUGCCGGUCUCCCAUCAAGGCAUACCCGUUGUGUAAUAAGAGAUAGUGUGACAUUUCUCAUCAUAUUGCAGCAUGAAGCCUGUAUUUUGUGCUUAUUGUGGAUUUCAGGGGUAUAACAUUUAUAUUUGUGAUACGCAGGUAUGUGGUGGUUCAAUGUCACCCAUAAAAUCAAAAUCCUACCACUUUUCUUUCAAGGUUUUCUGGACCAGUCAAAGUGUAUUCUGGGAUUUCAAUGCAAAUUGUCAUGUAAAACUGUCACCAUUUGGAGCUACUUCACUGGCAGGGCAAAUCCCAAGCAAAAAUUCCCAAGUAAAUUGAAUGUGCCGGCUGUUGGAGGGCUGCAUCUGGCCUCUGUAAGCCCCUGAUUUCAAAAGCGGGUUCAGCUAAAACUCUUCAUUGUUCUUUGUGAUUGACAUGCUCUGUUGUACAAAUAUGAACUCAUCAAAUAAAUGUAUGCUACUGAAA